CGGAAUCGCACUCCGAUUCAUUUCACCGUGUGAAACAAUUCGUUUGAUCUUUCUGCUAAACAGUGAUAUCAUUGAGUUACAACUUAGACCCUGAAGAUGAAGAGGAUACUCUUAAAAAUUCUUUUUCUUCUGGCUUUAUCGGAAUCUUCUUACGCAAGACGCAAAAAUCCAGAUAGCUGGGGCCAUAUAAUAUCUGUCAACUCGUCUGGUGCAUUGUCUGUCAAAGCUCGAGAGGGUCGAGCAAACCGCAACCUGGAUAUGUACGUUGACAAAAUCUCCUCAAUUCCUAGUGAUGCCUUCCACAAUUUAACGUCAGUUACAUCAUUCAUCAUACGUCCUCGUCCUCGUAGAUUGGACUUAGACCGUAUAUGGGAGUGCAAUCCGAGAACCGUCGACAUCACACCUCAGUCCUUCAACGGUUUACCUUCCAUUGAAUACAUCUUCAUCGUGUGUGUUUACUUCCAAAAUGCAUUGAAGUCUUCUGAAGGAUUUGAUUUCCUGAGGUUUCUGCUGUUCGAGAAUAAUAAUAUGACGGCAAUCCCUCAAGAAUUUUGUGAAGAUAGUCCAAAACUUGAAUUGUUGAUAGUGAGGUAUCAACGAAUUAGGUAUCUGUCUCCGGAAUCCUUCUCGAGAAUGAAUACUAAAGUACUCAAGCAACUUUUGUUGGAAUUCAAUGGUGUGGAGUACGUAGAGCCACGAACAUUUGCGAAAUUUCGUCAGCUGGAACUUCUAGAUCUUUCAGAUAAUAAUCUGGAGAUUCUGCGUAAUGGUACGUUCGAGGGUUUGGAUGAACUCCAGAAACUGUGGGUGUUCAAUAAUUCUGUGAAUAAUGUGGAACCCGAGACUUUUUCCAAUUUAAAAAAUCUGCGUUUGCUUGAUCUACGACUUAAUCGGUUGGAGACUUUAUCACGAGGCAUGUUCGAUGGUUUGAGUAAAUUGGAACGGUUAGAACUCUUUGGAAAUCCGAUAACUACGAUCACUGAUAAUUCGCUCCGAGUCACGAAUCAAUUGUCUCAUUUGUCUUUGUCUUUCGGAGAAGGAAUUCAAAUUGAACCGAAUGCAUUCCGAGGUUUCAACCUGACAUUUUUUAUAUUGAAUGCUGAUGAAUUGCAUCACCUGAAUGCUGGAGUCUUCAGCGGCUGCACCACCGAAUGUCUACAGCUGAUGUCCAAUAAUACUAUCAAUAUCAGCCCGAACUUAUUCAAAAAUUUGACAAUAACUGUUGGUGUUACCAUUUUCGAACCGCAAGUAUCGGUAAUCGACAAAAAAAGUUGGGGUUUAGACGAAAAUGUAUUCAUUAAGCAAAACCCUCCACUUUAUGAGUUUGCAAGUAUAAAGGGACACCUUUAUUAA